UGAGCACCCUCUCUCGUCCUCCUAAAACCCUGAGACCCUGAGUGAGAAACCUCACCUCACCUCAACUCAACUCAAGCUCCGCCGAGUACACUCAACGUCAACUUAGUUUAAACUCGGCCGAUUCAUACGUGAUGCAAGUACUCUCGAACGCGUGUCGACUCAGUAGGGUCUUGAAACCCUCGAUUCUCCUAAGCUCGCCUGAGAUACAAAUCUUCAUUUCAUCUAACAAUUGUCCUCAACAAUGGCAACACCGCGACACUUUCUCUUCUUAUUCUCCCUGCUUAUCAGGGAUGAUUCAAGGAAAUCGUUUGCAAAUAUCAACAGACCUACGGAAUUCAAUGUUGACAUCGAGGGCUUACUUUUCAGCGGAGGUGAAAAGCAUUGAGUGCAAUCCCUCAGAGACUGUGAAGGAGCUAUACGAUAAGAUGCUCGAAUCUGUGAAAGUUAAACGAUCAAUGCCGCCAAAUGCUUGGUUGUGGUCUUUGAUUGAAAACUGUAAAAAUCAUGAUGAUAUCAAACUUCUAUUCUACAUUUUGGAGAACCUCCGCAGAUUUAGACUGUCGAAUCUUCGCAUUCAUUCCAAUUUUAAUUGCAAUCUUUGCCGGGAAGUUGCUAAGGCAUGUGUUCGUGUAGGAGCUAUUGAUUUUGGAAAGAAGGCUUUGUGGAAGCAUAACGUGUAUGGAUUGAGUCCUAGUGUUGCGUCUGCCCAUCAUUUACUGUCAUUUGCUAAAGAUCACAAGGAUGCUAAACUCAUGGUGGAAGUUAUGAAACUAUUGAAACGCAAUGAUUUACCAUUACAACCUGGAACAGCAGACAUUGUUUUCAGAAUUUGCUACGACACAGAUGAUUGGGACUUGAUCUCCAAGUAUUCUCAAAAAUUUAUCAACUCUGGAGUAAAGUUGCGACAAAAUACGUUCAACACUUGGAUGGAGUUUGCUGCCAAAAGAGGAGACACCGAGGCACUGUGGAAAAUCGAGAAGUUGAGAUCGGAGUCCAUGAAGCAGCACACUCUUAUGACUGGGUUUUCAUGUGCUAAGGGUCUUUUACUAGAUCGCAAGCCUGAGGAAGCUGCUGCUAUCAUUCAAGUUCUUAAUCAGACUUUAUCUGAUGCAAAGAAGUCGGGUAUUAUGGUUGAACUUCAGAAGCUGAUAAGUGACUGGCCUUUGGACGUUAUAAAGCAUCAAAAAGAGGAGGACAAGAAGGCAUUAGCUACUGCUUUAAAAUCUGAUAUUCCUGCCAUGGUUACCACUCUUUUAAAUGGAGGCUUAAAGAUGAGUGUAAAUUUAGAAGACCUGACAACGAAAGAAAGUAUUCUGGCUUAA